AUAGAGUGACGCUCUGGAUUUGGACCCAGGCUGUCUCAGCGAGUGCUUCGCUGAAUAAUUGAUCCCUCGGCUUGUGACUUGUUGAAGAUGAGGAAGGCAGCGUUGAUGGUUUGGAUCAGCCUUUUGGUGCAAGUGUCCCAUGGUGCCCAGGGUCAUUAUGCCCGCAAACUUCUGAAUGACCUGAUGGAGGACUACUCCAACGCUCUGAGACCUGUGGAGGACACAGACAGUGCCCUCAAUGUCUCGCUGCAGAUUACGCUGUCACAGAUCAAAGAUAUGGAUGAGAGGAACCAGGUUCUUACCACGUACCUGUGGAUCAGGCAGGUCUGGCAUGAUGCCUACCUGAAGUGGGAAAAAGAGGACUAUGACGACUUAGAGAUGAUCAACAUCCCCAGCGACCUGGUUUGGAAGCCGGACAUCGUCCUCUACAACAAGGCAGAUGAGGAGUCAGGUGCAUCCAGCACUAAUGUGAAGCUGCGUUAUAAUGGAGAGAUCGUCUGGGACUCUCCGGCCAUCACAAAGAGCACAUGUGUGGUGGAUGUCUCUUACUUCCCUUUUGACUGGCAGCAGUGCAACCUCACCUUUGGCUCCUGGACCUACAAUGGCAAUCAGGUGGACAUCAGUUUGGGCAUGGACAGCGGAGACCUGUCUGACUUUGUGGAGAACGUGGAGUGGGAGUGCCACGGCAUGCCUGCAGUUAGAAAUGUUAUGAUGUAUGGCUGCUGCUCUGACCCCUACACUGAAAUCACCUACACCCUGCUCCUGAAGCGCCGCUCCUCUUUCUACAUCUUCAACCUGCUCCUGCCCUGCUUCCUCAUCUCGUUUCUCGCCCCGCUGGGUUUCUAUCUGCCGGCUGACUCCGGGGAGAAGGUUUCCCUCGGGGUCACAGUGCUUCUGGCGCUCACUGUGUUCCAGUUGCUGGUGGCUGAGAGCAUGCCUCCUGCAGAAAGCAUGCCCUAUAUAGGGAAAUACUAUAUUGCCACCAUGACUAUGAUCACAGCCUCCACCUCUCUCACCAUCUUUAUCAUGAACAUUCAUUUCUGUGGUGCUGAGGCCAAGCCAGUCCCUCACUGGGCUAAGGUGCUCAUCAUCGAUUACAUGUCCAAAAUCUUCUUCGUCUACGAGGUGGGGGAGAACUGCACUACACCAGAGAGCGAGAGGACCCCACUGUACCCCGAGGAACCCUUGAGCGAUAAGGACUGCUACCAUGACGACCGUUUUCAUGACGGCAUCUACCAUCACGACAGUGACCCGUACAAGUACAGCAAUAGCCACAGCGUGCACCACAGCAACAAGCAUCACAAAAGCCAGGCGAAUGGCACCGCCAACGGCAGGAGUCAUCAUUAUAACAACCAUAACAACCACGCUUCCAGAUUGGAGAGAGGUGACGCAAAAAGAGAGCCAACCCAACGCUACCACCACAUCAGGAGGGAUGAACUGGACUACCAGGCCCCCCCCCAUCCACAAAACCUCCAGCAUCUCAAUGGUGGGCUGAAGGAACAGCUCCUCUAUUCCACAGAAAAACAUCAAGUCCCUGCCUGCCCCUGCUGCUGCCCCUGCCUCCAACAUAAACAGGUGGUGAAGAACAUCCAGUACAUCGCCAACUGCUUCCGCGAGCAGAGAGCGACGUGUGUCAAGGCAGCAGAGUGGAAGAAGGUUGCCAAGGUGAUGGAUAGGUUUUUCAUGUGGAUCUUCUUCGUCAUGGUCUUCCUCAUGAGCAUUCUCAUUAUCGCUAAGGCCUCCUGACAGCCUCCUCCUCAUCUUUUCACCUCCACUGUAACAUUCAUCCUCCAACACUGCUGGACCUCAGUGUUACUCCAGAGUCACCUCAUUUCUACUUUAAAGCGACAUCAGAUGAAUCAAAACAGUUUUGUCUACAAGGAGACAUUUGAUAUGUCAGUAUUGUGUUUUGUGUAUGUGUGUUUGUGUAGGGUUAAUUGUUGUUUUUAUCUUGCUCUGACAUAAAGAGCACAAGGUCACUGCACACACAUUGACCAUUUAACCACACACACACAACGAAAUUCAUCAAAGCCUCUCGGUUAGUUAACAUCAGGUGUGCUUGCAUGUGUCGCAGAGCAGUGGAGCGGUAAGACAAUCUAGGCCUCACCUUGAACAUGCAUGGGCUCUCCAUUAUUGAUGAGCUAACAGCCAGACAUCCAGCUAUAGGCAUUAUAUUACUUGCAUUACGUUUUAAGCAACCAGAUGAUGCUGUUUUCCAGAGUCGGUUACAACGAGAGCGCCAGCAGAGGAACCUUAAAUACUUAUGAAACAACAACCUUAUGUAUGAUCUAAAAUAGGGCAAAGGUCGGUGACACCACACAGAAUCACACACGUCCUCAUAAGGAUUGUCACUAAUAGAGAUAAAAAUGAGCUUAAUACAUUAAAGCCGGGGGAAACUGGAGAAGUGGUUUUUUAGUUUAGAUGUCAGAAAUCAGUUUACAUAAGUUGUGAAUACUUGAAUUUGAGAAGUGAAAGGAUGAAUGUUUACUUUUCUUUCAUAAGAUCCCUCACUUUUUAAUGCAACAUUUGGACCUUGCAUCCUACCUCCAGAGAAUGAAUGGUGGGUAUAUUUUACCUGUUGACAUUUUGCUUAUUGGUCCAGUAAAAAAAUCUUGAUAUCUUGUUAUCAAAACAGCUUUUACUCAUUGUCCCAGCAGUUUGCGCUGUGGUACAAACCUAAUUUGUUAUAUAUAAUGUGUGUAUACAUUUUUGCAAUGCCGUCCAUUUGUUUUGUUU